GCAGUUUGAACUUUUUCUCUAAAUUUUUCCUCCAGUCUUUCCUUAAGUUUAACUUUAUUUGCAAGAGUCGACCCUCGUAAAAAGACGUCACUUUAUGCGCUUGAAUGAGUCUAAAGUCCUUUAGGAGUGUUUUAAGAGUGUUUCAGGAGUGUUUUAAGAGUGUUUCAGGAGUGUUUUAAGAGUGUUUCAGGAGUGUUUUUCAUCUGAGUAACUUUAAGGAUUUGCUGACGGAGGAUCUUCGCUUUCGAAACAUUUUUCUGCUGCACAAACGAACAUGAAGCUGAUGAUCCUCAAUGACUACGACCAGGCGAGUGAGUGGGCAGCAAAGUACAUCAGGAACAAACUCCUGCAGUUCAACCCAGGACCAGGCAAAUACUUCACUCUGGGGCUUCCCACAGGAAGCACUCCUCUGGGCUGUUAUAAAAAGCUGAUCGAGUACUACAAGAAAGGCCAGAUCUCCUUCCAGUAUGUGAAGACUUUUAACAUGGACGAGUAUGUUGGACUCCCCCGAGAGCACCCCGAGAGCUACCACUCCUUUAUGUGGAACAACUUCUUCAAGCACAUAGACAUAAGAGCUGAAAACACCAACAUCCUGGACGGUAACGCUGCUGACCUGCAGGCCGAGUGUGACGCAUUUGAAGACAAGAUAAAAGCAGCAGGAGGGAUUCAGCUCUUUGUUGGAGGAAUUGGACCUGAUGGACACAUUGCUUUUAAUGAACCUGGCUCCAGUCUGGUUUCUCGUACAAGGGUCAAGACUCUGGCACAAGACACGAUCAUCGCUAACGCCCGUUUCUUUGACGGUGACCUGUGUAAAGUGCCCACUAUGGCUCUGACCGUGGGAGUGGGCACAGUGAUGGACGCCAAAGAGGUGAUGAUCCUCAUCACUGGAGCACACAAAGCGUUUGCUCUGUACAAAGCCAUAGAGGAAGGAGUCAACCACAUGUGGACAGUGUCGGCUUUUCAACAACAUCCACAGACGCUGUUUGUUUGUGAUGAAGACGCCACGUUAGAACUGCGGGUCAAGACUGUCAAAUACUUUAAAGGGAUGAUGCAUGUGCACAACAAACUGGUGGAGGCACCUCCAGCUCCAUGAGAUCAGCCGCUCAGAAAACUCCACUGUACAAGUCACUAAGUCGUGAAAAUGACUCCUUUUGUUUCAAACACUCUCAUGUUUACAUGUUUUUGUAAUAUUUCAUUUUGAUUAAAACAUUUUCUGG